CUGAAAAACAUUUAGUGAUGUUCAACCUAUGAUUCCAUUUAGAAAAGAAACACAACUGAUCAUGCUGUGAAAUAUUGUUUAAAUAUUAACUCACAAAGAUGCCUACAGUGUUAGCACUAGAUGUGUCAUUGUCAAUGUGUAGACCUGUAAAGGGGGAGACAGCAUUAGAAGAGUACAGUCGUAAAAAUCUUGCAAUUCAUGGCCUUUCAUCAUUGAUAGAUCAAUUUAGUAAACUAGAAUUCACUUCACUGAUUGUAUUUUCAUACCUUUGGGAGCAACUUGUCCCCUUUACUAGAGAUGUGGACACAGUCAAAACAGCUCUAAAUACUGUAGGGGAUUACAGUAAGACAUGCCUGGAACCAUUCCUGACGGGUAUAAGUGGACUGGUUGUCGAGGAAUUUGGUGGAACUACAUCUGUUCAGGUAAUCUUGGUAACAGAUGGCAGCACAGGGGUUGGGACUGGUUCUCUAAGUAGUUUGAUAGAUUUAUGGACACAGUCUAAUGAAGGGGAUAGCACAGUGAAGUGUCCUCUACCAUUUGCGUUCAAAGGAAAACUGAUUAUUGUUUGUAUAGCAAACCCAACAGCACCAGAAAUGAAAAAAUCUAUACCUUUGUAUGAAAAACUUAUUGAGUUAAAUGGAGAUGGUGAAUUGUUCAUACCAGAUGGUCCACUUAGUAUGACAGUUGUUCAAGACAUGUUUAAAAAGAUUGCAGAGAAAUAUUACACACCUUAUACAGGGUUGCUAACAUGUGGACAUCUUGAGUGCAACAUUACAUUAUAUCCCUCACCUGAGCCAUUUAACAAGGAAUCUGAGUUUGUAUCGGUGCAUACAACAGUAUCAGAGAAACUAGAGAUAUGUGGUUUUAUGGACCUACAGGACAUUGCUAGCCCUCCCACUGUAUCUAGACAUCUUGUAUUACCUGUGACCAAUAAACAGAAACAGAAUAGUGCAGAGAGUUCAGGCGAGAAAGGAAAAGAAGACGAAGAUGAGACGGAGGACGGUAAACAACCGUCAUUUACUGUUCUUCUACAUGGUAGUCUUAAAGUGGAGGGUAUGGUGGCAGUUACCAGAGUUGCGGAGAACUGGUUUGGUAUAUUAUAUUCCUGGGCUGACAGUAAGAAGAAAUCCAGCUUGAUGCUGUCUUUAUUUGAACCAGGGGCAGAUUCUGUUUCCUGGCUUGGUAAUUUAAACUAUCUGGCACCCAUCACGGAUUUCUCGGAACCACCGUACGGAGAUGAUGAUAAUAGGACCCCGUUUCCUGUCCGACCUAAAGAGAAGAGGAGCUACGCACAGAGUUGUGUUGUUUGGAUCAAGGCAGCUGGCCUGCAGGCUGACCUGCAAAAAGUAAUCAGACAUGCCAGAAAAUUACCCGAUAAACAGCAACAGUUUUAUAAAGAGCUCAACAGGGUCAGAAAAGCCGCUUUAUCAUUUGGUUUCAACGAAUUACUAGAGGCUAUGGCUGGAAUGUUGGAACGCGAGUGUACCAUGUUGCCGGGAACGGCACACCCUGACGCUGCGUUACAGCUCACACAUGCUGCGACUAAACUGCGUAGUGAUGACGCUAAACAGGCAUCACAGCUGAUAAUGCCGUUAAGAACUAACUUCUCUCAAGAUGAUGGUUGAGCACGGAUUUUGUUGUCAACGGUCUCAAUAUUCUUGAGAAAAUGUUACAGUCUAGUGCUAUGUGUCGGAGACAAAUUAUUCACAAUCAUGUAACAGACAGCUCUUUAUGUUAUAUAAUCUUAUUUACAUGAUUACAGCCGUCAAAUUGACCAGUGGAACAUGUUUCAGUAAUUAUCUAAAAUAUGUGUUUCACAGAAUUACUUGUGACAACUAGACUGCUUCUCAUGAACAGUUUUAUUGUCGUAGCAUUGAUUUUGAUACAGUGUUACAAUUAAACGCUGUUACAGAAAGUAGAGAGAGAGAUGAAAAAACCAAGAUUGUUAUCUAAAGUUGUUUUUACAAACAGCUGUUGCAGUUUUAAGAUUAAUCAAUGUGACAAAAAAGCUUGAUAAGUGAACUGUUUAAAUCUGUCAUCGAUUAGAGAAAAGUAUGAGAAAACAAUAGAAAUGUGGAGAAAAAGGAAGUUGUUCGAGGGUUUGUGGUUGAACUGUAAGAGAGAGGCACUGAUUUGAUUUUGUAGAUUUUUCUGAACUGUUAUCUUGAUAACAUUUUGUUACCGACUCGUCAUGCAUUAGAUUUAGAGCAAUCUGCUGAUAGCUUGAUUUGUAUGGAAGUGAUAAAAUUUAGCAGUCAAAGGUAUAUAGAAUGGUUCAGUCAGGGACGGCAAACUCAAUUGUAUGUAUUGAUGAGAUUGUCCCAAAGCCUGCAUGGACAAGCCUUAGGGAUUUUUUUUUCAAGAAUUAACUUUAUUAAUAUCAUACAGACAAUAAAAAUAUGAUUCGGAUAAAACGGACAAGUUUGUUCAAAUAAGAUUUUUGCCGACCCCAAUUCAGACAGUACUUACAGUGGCAUGGACAAAUUAUUACUAUAUAUAA